CGCCGUCCUCGCGGGGACUCAUUUAUUUCAUGGCUCGAGUCCCAGAGCUGCUAAUUUGUAACUCCUGAAAAAAAGCGUCCCUUGAGAGCAGGAAAGCUGUCGCCUCACCUGUCCGGUGUCUGGUUUCAGACGGACGCGCCUCCGUGGGAGGAUCCACGGAGGCCACGCUCUCGUUGAACCGCGCCGCUACUGGUCGGACGCGUCGAUGGGAGGUCUGUCGGUGGAGCCGCAGGGAAGCGCCACUGUCCCGUCACUUCAUUCUGAGCGCCGCUUUAAGCGAAGUUGUGGAGAAAACGGCGCUCCGUGAACUUUUUUUUGCGCGUCUCCUCUGCGGAACCCUGGGAAAAGCCGCAAACGCAGCCGCGCGGCCCGUUGCGCUCCGGAAGCGGCCGCUCCGGACCGUCCAGCCGUAACGCGCCGUCCCCGUGACGUCUGCGAUGGACGGCGACGACGGCGUCCUGCCCGAUUUAAAGGACAUCGAGACCAAAGUGGGCCGGAAGGUGCCGGAGAGUCUCAUUCGCUCCCUCGUUGCCGGGAAACACCAGGAAAAGCACGAGGCGACGGCGGCGGCGCCGCAUGUGCUCAGCUACAAGUUUCGUGCCAGUUCCGCGGAUCUGAAGCGGCUCGAGAGCAAGAUGCAGUUCCUCAAGCAGGAGAUGGCCCAUCUGCGCGCCAUCGACGUCACGCUGAUGCAGCAGCUGCUGUCCAUCAACGACGGCAUCGAGUCGGUGCGCUGGCUGCUGGAGGAGCGCGGCGGCGGCGCCGGCAGCGGCGCCGGCAGCGGCGCCGGCAGCCUGUACAGCCUGUCGGACAGCCAGGACGGCGACGGCGCCGACAGCGACGGGCUGGACGGCCUGUCGGUGGGCAGCUACCUGGACACGCUGGCCGACGACUUCCCCGACGAGCCGUCGCCGCCGCCGCCGCCGCUCGCGGACGACGCGGGCGCAGCGCCGCUGAAGCGCCGGGUGGAGGCGGACGAGUAUUACUGCUUCGGAUGACGACGGGUUCGGACCGAGGGGAGAGACUUUGAGGCCCGUUCGCAGCUGUUCCUCAUCACACCACUGCCACUUAACUCCGCGGCUUAACGUGUUAUCACACAGGUUAAUUAAUAUAAAAGGUGCUUUAUCGUGUAGCAAGUAUUUAUUACGUUAAACCUCUUAAAGGAACUCCAGGUUUAAGCCCAAAGUUUUGUUUUCAGAGUGAACUAAGAGGAUGAGCAGAUUAGGAGCAGCAGACCUGCAGCAAACGGGACCUUUCGGACGGAUUCAAGUGUCCGCUGCGUUUCGUUAAGUGUCACAGCAAGUGCAAUUCGCCUCCACGCCAAAAAAACAGCACCGGCCGCUGUAAAUGUUCCGCUUUAUGGUUCCUGCUUGUGCUGCGAGCGAUGGACGUCUCAAACGCGGUGUCGGACAGAGUCCCAGGUUCGGACGGAAGCUGUCGGCGCCAGGCGCCGUCGGACCUGUGUGAAAGGCCUCUGAGCUGUGGGUCCAUUAAAACGGUCCAUCGUCACAUUAAAGGACCUGCGUCCACACUGAUUCGUGUCUUUAGGGAUUUUUUUAUGGAUUGUUGAUUGUUGUGUUGCACAAAUGAACUAAUAUAUUGUGAUUAUCUCUUCUU